AUGAUUGUAAUAAGUGGGAUGCUCCUGGUGAGACGGUGACGCGCCUCGUGACGUCACCAGAGUCCCCCCUCUUCCCAACCCACCCCCAAUCCAUCAGCCUCCUCCUCUUCCUCUUGCAUCCAGCAGCAUCGCGAAGCUCUCGGGCCGGCAGGAGUGCACCGAAGGCGGCCGCCGUCGUGUCCGUGCUGUCAACUGUUGAUUACUGGCCGACGUCAAUGACUCUUGGAAGGUUUAUGAACAAGCGUGUUCCUUCCAACAAAAGAUAUCAGCCCACAGACUACGAGCACGCAGCCAACUGCGCCACACAUGCGUUAUGGAUCAUCCCGAGCCUGUUGGGCAGCUCGCUGCUGCACUUCCAGUCGGAGGACCAAUGGGAGCGCGUGUCGGCCUGGGUCUACGGGGCCGGCCUCAGCUCGCUCUUCACGGUCUCCACACUCUUCCACACUGUGGCCUGGAAGAAGAGCCACUUACGGGACGUGGAGCACUGCUUCCACAUGUGUGACAGGAUGGUGAUCUACUUCUUCAUUGCGGCCUCUUACGCGCCUUGGCUCAACCUGAGGGAGCUCGGACCCUGGGCAAGCCACAUGCGCUGGCUGGUGUGGGUCAUGGCGCUGUCGGGGACCACCUACGUCUUCUUCUUCCACGAGAGGUACAAGAUCAUGGAGCUAAUCUGCUACACCGUGAUGGGCCUCUUCCCCGCCUUGGUCAUCCUCUCCAUGCCGGAGCAGGCGGGCUUGUGCGAGCUGCUGCUGGGCGGCGCUUUCUACUGCCUGGGCAUGGUGUUCUUCAAGAGUGACGGCAUCGUGCCCUUCGCCCACGCCAUCUGGCACCUCUUUGUGGCCACCGGUGCCGCCGUGCACUACUACGCCAUCUGGAAGUACCUCUACGCGAUGCCCGCCAACCCGGUCCGAACCUCCAGAUGACAGCGCCGGUGAGGCAGACCCUCCCCCGUCCCCAACCUCACUACAAAACAUUCCGGUCCAUUCCCAAGUCACUGUGGUUUGUCCUCUGGGAGAAGCCGCACGUCACAUUCAGUGGCUUUCGUGUCGAUUGUUUACAAUGUGCUGGAGUCGCAGGCGCUUCUCAACUGGUUGCACCAUGAAUUUAUUUUGGGUGUCUGUGUGGAUUAUUUCCAGCGGUUCUUUGUUUUUUUUUUUGUUUUUCUAUUGCGCAAUCUGGCCAGUAUUCAUGCUGGACUUGAGAGGAGCGACAGUAAUUUUAUGAAACCUCUACACAGUAAUGUGUGACCGAAUUUAUUAUUUCUUUUACUAUGUGGAUUAUUUGCAGUGCUAUUGUGCAAGGUGGCCAAUAUUCAUAUAUAAAGCAAAUGAUUGCGGCUAUAAUGCAGGUGAGAAACAUUUUCGCGUGACCAAUCAUGCUGCGGUUCACAAAUGCAUUGCAUAACAGUAAUUCUAUGACACGACGCAACAAUGAUGUUCCUGGGUUAACCCUAACCCUAUAUUACUUCUCUCUAAUUCUUUCUAAUUAUUCACUUUGUUUCUAAUGUGCAAAGUCAUACGAUUUUGCCAUUUUUUUUUUGACUCUGGAUUAUUUCACGUCACUCACUUCAUUUCUAUUGUGAAGAACAAAUCUGGCGAAGAACA